AUGGAAAGUGUUAAAAAUUAAACUGUGAAGAUUACAAUAGAACCAAUGAAUUUAUGGAUUUGGAAAUCAUUUGAAAAUUUAGAAGGAAUCAUUUGUGGAGCAUGUUCUUAAUAUAAAGAACCUGAACCAUAAUAAUAAUAAUAUCUUUAAUAAUUAACCAUAAUAUAUUCCACCUUAAUCUUAUCCACCUCCACCCUUUUCAUAACCACCUUUUAUACAUCCAUGAAGUGUUCCUUGGUUUGGAAUGAUUCCUCCUUAAAUGCCUUCACAUUAAGGAUAAUUUGGAUUUGGGCAUCCUCCUCAUCAAAUGUUUGGUGGUUUUUUUCAUCAUCUUUUUAAACAAUCAUAGUCAUCAUAUGAA